CAAACCGGAAGUGGUGGAACAUGGUUGCAUGUGGACUCUUAGCAAGUUGACUGCGUUGUGUUUGUUAUAAAGAAGAGUGCAGAAAGUAAAUAUCUUUUUCUGCUGACGUAUUUCAGACGCUUGGGAAUGUUACGGCGUCCCAAGCCCACAGACUCCGAGUCGGACUUGCUCCGGGAGCAGGAGCACUUUUUAGCCUCUGGGAGCGCACCAGCGGCCAGUGUGACGCGGAGAGCAGAUAAGCGCAGAGGGGACAAUACUUCGGCAGACAGUGAUGAGUCUCGUGCGAAUCCAAGAGAUGUUGUGACGAUAGCAGAUCUUCCUGAUGAGCUGCCUACGUUGACUCCUGCGCCACCCAAAAAGUCAUGUUCCAAAAAAGUGCGUGUGCGUUUUGAGAAUGAAGAUCCAGAGGAGCUGCUGGACAGACAUGACACUCACAUCAGUGCUGUCCUCUCAAGGAUUGUUGAGAGAGACACUAGUGCUGUACCAGUGUUACUCCCAGCCUUCACAAGCACAGCUUUCCCCAAAGUCCUGCAUCACUCUACAGUCAACAAGCAGGGAACAGAACCCAGAGGUCGAAAAAGUAUUUUUGCACGUCAUGUUGCUGCACAGAAGGCUAAACCAGGGUGUGAAGAGAAGAAUAAGCCGAAGGUCAGCAACACACAGGCAUCUGAAUCCAGACCGGCCCACGGCACUGCUGAUGGUCCCUUACUGGUGUCAGGUCAGGGCCUUGGUCCAGACAGAGCUGUAGAAACACUAAAGAUCCACCAGGAGAACCAAGCCAGGCUGCAAACAAUGUCUCAGAGUGAGAUUCUGGAGGAGCAGAAAUUGCUGUUGGCUCAGCUAGAUCCAAGACUAGUGGAUUUUGUAAGGUCACAGAAAGCUCAGAAUGCUUCAUCUUCCACAUCCUCCUCUACAGAGAAAUCAGUAUGUCCUGACCAGUCUUUAACUGAGAGCAAAGCUCCAGCACCUCACUACUCAGACUCAGUACCGGACUCUCAGGAGGUUACAAUGGAUACCGAUGAAGAGGAUGAAACAGAACCUAAUAAUCAUAAUCCAAUUACUGUGGAACAGCUACCAGUCAAGCCUGAGAAAGAGUGGCUACACAUGGACAAACUGGAGCCCGAGAAACUGGAAUGGAUGAGGGAUUUGCCUGCCCCUAGGAAGCAGGGCACUAGAAAGGCCAUGCAGGCACGUUUCGACUUUUCUGGCAUCCUUCUGCCCCCCACAGAAGACUUACCCACUCAUCUCGGCCUGCAUCAUCAUGGGGAGGAGCCAGAGUUGGCAGGCUACUCGCUGCAGGAGCUUUUUCUCCUCUCUCGCAGUCAGCUGACCCAGCAGAGGAGUCUGGCUCUGAACACUUUGGCCCACAUCCUGUCAAAGGCCCGUGCUGGUGAGUACUCAUCAUGCCUAAAAGGCAAUGUGCUGGCCUCCUUGCUUGAUGCUGGACUCCUCUUUCUGUUGCGGUUCUCUCUGGAUGACAGUGUGGAGGGUGUAAUGUCUGCGGCUGUGCGUGCCCUGCGAGCCUUCCUAGUUUCCACUGAAGAUGAGGAGAACCUGGACGACAUGUUUCCCUGGCUACUAGGGAUGGCAGCUUUCCCCUUGGUUCCCCAGGUUCACAAGGAGGAGGAUCAAGAUGAUGAAGGUCUGAAUGAGUCUACAAAGGAAACAGAGAAAGAGAAAGAAGAGAGAAAAUUAGAUCACGAUGUCGCUCAACAGGAUGUUAUCAAGGGUUUGUUGAAGAUGCAGCUUCUGCAGCGGCUGCGGUACAUUCUUGAGGUGGUACGACCUUCACCCCAGACAGUUCUUGAUAUUCUGCAGGUUCUGAUCCGAAUCGCUCGUCACUCAACCUCUGCAGCCACACAGAUCCUUGAUUGCCCCCGGCUAAUGGAGACCGUGAUGUCAGAUUUCCUGCCUUGCUCAUGGACCCCGCUGACCUCACCAACCCCACUUUCUUUAUACGGGUUGCCUGUUUCCACGGCAGUGAAGCUCCUGCGUGUGUUGGCAAGCGCCGGCAGGCACGCCUGUGCGAGAAUACUCAACAAUCUAGGUGGAAAGGAGCGUCUGUCUCGGUUCUUGUCAGUGGAAACUUCAGAGCUUCUGUUACAGCCUGGGGAGAAUAUAUGCUGUAGCACAGAGGCACUGAGGCUGUGGGCUGUGGCUGCAAGCUAUGGGCAGGCCUGUAACCUGUACAAAGACUUGUACCCAGUGCUGGUGAAGGCGUUGCAGGCUGCACAUAAGCCCUGUGCUCCCUCUGAGUCUCUGCUGGUCCUGGAGCUCCAGAGAGUGAAGUCUCUGCUAGUGUUGCUCACUCAGGUCACACACACUGCCGGCUGCCACCAGGAGUUACAAAGUGGACUGCUGAGCUCUCAGGGGGCUGAGUGUCUCCCCCCACCCCCAGUGACCUGGAGUCAUGUGUCUGGGUUGCAGCCCACUCUGACUGGCAUACUGAAAGGCUGUGUGAGAAAACUGGACGACCCAAGUCAAAGUUCGAGCACCCUAAGUCUACUGCCGUCUUACCUGAUCUACAUGGGAGCAUAUUACUCUCAGUUCAGUGUGCAGAGUUCGUUCCAGCCGGUGCAGUGCCUUCAGGAACUAGAGGCCCUGACUACAGAGGUGCUCCUUCCUCUCAUAUCCCAUCAGGUCUUUCACAGCAUGAUGGGCAGCCUCAGGUCAAGCUCAGUAAUAUGUAAGCGUGGUUUGAGCACUUCAGCCCGGGAGGUUGUUCCCAGUCUGCCAGGCUUGGGCAGCUCCAGGGUUAAGAUAACCAGCCUGUUAGGACCUGAAUCUCCUCUGCCUCUCUGUACUGCUCUCUUCUAUCUACUGGACAUCAUCGUGACCAUCCACCGUGGCUUAACCAAGAGUUUCAGCUCUCUCAUCCUUUCGGACUCCGUGCUGGCUUACCUGCAGUCUUGUGUUGGAGUGACACCCUCUGUGUCUCAUGCCAGUGCCUGGAUUUUACGCCAUGAGCACCACUUUCUCUAUCUGAUACUCCGGCUGGCUCACAGACUGGUUCCUGCUGACCCACAGGUGAAGAAACAUGCUUCUCUGUUUCACCAAGUUGCCUUGGCUCUGCUCUCAUGGCUGUUGCCUGGAAGUGAAUAUCUGGUAUAUGAACUUGUGUCUACUAUGAUCUUCAAUCCGGACCUCUUUCCUGAGGCUGGAAGUGGAGGUCCAGAAGCCGCGACCCUGGCAGAGCUGCGGCUUCAGGAGAUGUCCUGUCAUUCACCCAGCCCUGGUCCCCUCCUCCGCGACUCCCUUGCCCAGCUUCCCUCAAUCCGUGCCUGCUACCUCACACACCUUGCCUACCUGGAGCCUGCUGUGAUCACCUCCCGUGAGCGGCACCUUGGUCGUAACCCCUGGCUUUCUUCUCAGCUCCUCCCUGAACUCUCAGGCCCCUCGCUGCCUUCUGAUUGGGCCUUUUUGCCUCUCGUCAGCCUUUACGAGCGAAUAGGAGUGUCUCAGGGCGGUGGGCUGCGGGCUGAAUCGCUACCUGCUGGCUCUGUGCAGUCGCUUACGCAUUGCCUGCAGUGGCUUCUUGUGCUCGAGAGCUUUAGGGAGCGGGCGCUGCAGCUGGUGCCACCUGUGGCCAAACUGGCACGUCUGGUCUGCGUCUUCAUGUGCUCCAGCGAUAUCUUUCUGGAGAGACCAGUGAAGGAGCUGACAUGGGCGCUGCUGCGUGAGCUGACUAGACCCGGACAUUUAGAAGCUUUGGAUCUGAGCCUGCCGCCUCCAGGUUUAGCCUCCUUCCAUGAUCUCUACUCUGCCCUGCUGGCUCAGUACGAGGCUGUGUCCUUUGGCGACACACUCUUUGGCUGCUUCGUACUGUUGCCACUGCAGAGGCGAUACAGUGUGUCGAUGAGACUGGCUGUGUUCGGCGAGCAUGUCUCAAUUCUGCGCUCACUUGGGGUCUCGUUGGAGCAGCUACCCAUUGCUCUGGAGAACUUUACUUCCCCUUCUGAGGAUUCGCUGCCUUUGCUGCGGCUGUAUUUCCGAGCUCUGGUGACCAGAGCUCUGAGGAGGAACUGGUGCCCUGUCCUGUACGCUGUAGCUGUUGCCCACCUCAAUGCUUUUAUUUUCUCCCAAGAUGCUGUGCCACAGGAGGUGGAGAGUACUCGUCGGAGUCUGCUGAGAAAGACAUACUACCUGACAGAUGAGGUGUUGAGGAGCCACCUGCUGCUUUUCCGUCUACCCCAGCAGCACAGUGAGCUAGGCUUCAGCACUUACGAGCAGCUGCCGUCCAUUCGUGCCUGCAGGCUCCAGAGCGUAAUAGAAACCAAGGAAGGAAAUGACUGAGACAGAUGAGCCAGAACAGGCUCAGUUCUGUGGAGCAAAUCCACAGCCUUCAAGACGCUGUGACAAAAGAAGACUGAAUUUUGUUUUCUAAGAAUAUUUUGAAUGUCCAAAGUAGCAUUUUAACUGCAUCUCAGAUUUGUCCCUUUAAAAGUCGCAUUUAAAGUUUGGUUGUCUUCGUUAAGAAAUUAGUGCAUACGAAAUGGUCUCACAUAUUCACAUCGAUUCAUAUUCAUAUUGAUUAUUUUAGACUGGAGUUGAUAUUGAGGGGAAACAAGCGAUGCCAAAGUGAGGCAGGAAAUGAGGAUCUCCCUGGUGCACACAAGUGGCUUUGAUUAGAGGGAGAGUAGAAGAUUUAUCUUAUAAUGUGCUAAUGCCAAAAUCUGUUGGAGAGGCAUGGUCAGCAUGUUUUUCUCUUCCCUAUUCUUGGCUCCCUGUGAGCCAAAUGCCACAAAGACUUGAUUUAAUUUGCCACACUAAAAGUGGAGGCUAGACCAUUGCCUGCGAAAAGCUUAUUUGGAAAAUGCCCGCAGGCCAUUACAAAGAAAGGUCUUAGCUUGUCAGUCUAAAGCUAUUCUGAUCAUGUCAUGUUAAGAUGUGUUGUUUUUUUUUCCACAAGCUGGAUUUUCUGAAGUUGUGUUUAUCCAUAUCAUGGCUAUGAUUCCUUUGAUUUACACCAUGGCCGAUUUUUUGGAUGUGUCCCUAACAUCUUCCCUAAACAGUAAGCCUUUCUGCUCUGAACUGUAAAUAGCCAUAAACUACAUCAUUGACCACUGACCAUUUUCUUUACUGCUAAGACCUUCAGGAUCUAUUAAUUGAUGGUUUGCCCUAGAAACUAUGGGACUUCUGAUGACGUAGAUAUGACUCAUUCUCCAGCAACUACUUUGUUGUUCUGAAACAUGUUAAUGGCUUUCUCUUCCAUUUUUCACUGUAUCUUGUAUAAACAGAAUAAGUGACUCAUCGCAUGGUUUCUAGCUGUGGUUGGACAAUACUGUGUUUUAUACAUAUUUGUUA